AUGGGUCGACCACAGCUCUACUCCCCCCGCCAACCGGAUAGCCCCUCGAGACAGCUUAUCCUAGAGCUUGCAAGGGACCUCGAGCAGGUCCGUCUACACAACAAUGAGCUCAAAAAAGUACGAGCCUACGAGCGCAAAUCCUUUUAUGAGCAUCUAGACCGUCUAGAUCGAGAGAAAGAAGAGGUACAUAAUGCGGCCCUGACAGCCGCAGCCGCCAAACGUGAUGCUCUCAGGCUUGAAGCUGAGGAGACAUUGCAACUCCAUCUACGUGCCGAAGAGGAGGAAAAGAGACGGAAAGAGGAGUUGGAAAGGCAGAAGAGGGAAAAAAUUGAGCGUGAGAAGGCCGAGAGGGAGCGUCGGGAGCGGGAGGAGGCUGCGCGAGUAGAAGCUGUGAAGAAAGCUCAGGAAGAGGAAAAGAGGAGGAAGGCUGAGGAGGCUGAACGGGCACGGAGGGCCGCGGAAGAAGAAAAGGCUAAACGGGAUCGGGAACGCGCGGCGCACGAACAACGGAAGCAGGAGGAGGCUAAGAAGGAGCAGGCCGAGGCCAAAGCCGCGGAGGAGAAAAGGAAGCAACAACAGCAGCAGGCAGAAGAAACGUCAGCAGCAGCAAAGAUCUUGGGGGGUUGCACAUCGUACUCCCCAGCAAAUCGCGGAGCAUCAGCGAUACCUCGAGCUUCACCAGCAUCUCAAGAAGUUCCGGCGAAAUGCGUCGGCCAACUCGUCGCGGAUGACAAGAUCGCGAACCGCACUCCCAAAGCCCUCGCCCUCACCGAGCCCUCCGUCGACAUACGCGAGUUCCUCGCUUUUCCUCCCCAAUAUCUUGCCGCUAGCACCAAUGAGGCUGAAACUAAAGCACCUGCCCUCCUCCUCUACCUCCUAAACAUUUUUUCAAAGGCCAUAAUCGCCCAGCUCAUUGCCGAAGCCGGCAUAACCCCAAAGUACGCCGAGCCCCUAGGCGUCCUCACUGCGCAGAUCUUCUCCAUGGAAUCCUUCACUUACAGCGGCAUCUCAAUGAUCGACGUGCUCCUCGCAAAGUACCAUGCCAUCUGCCCCGUCCUGUGGGGUUUUUACGGCAACGAGGCGACGGACGUGGGCAAAGAGGCCAUCGGUUGGUGGCGCGAGCGCGACGACAGCCGCCGCUUCAUACCGCCGCAGACGCACGAGGAGCGCAUGAUCGGCCUCGGCGCCGGGUUUGCGGCGAUAUCGCUCCGCAAUUUCUCCAAGACGACGCGCAAGAACCCCAUGCCGAACACACACUUUUGGCGCGCGUGUGCGAAUAUCCUGAAUGUGCCGCCCGGCGAGGUGCAGGAUACGCAUUUGCUUGUGUUGAGUGCGCUUCUGAGACACUCUGCAUUGAGGAUUGUGGGGUUUUGGGGGGAUGUUGGGCUGGCGCUGUUGCGGGCGGCUGUUGUGGAGUUUCCGGCUGGGUUGGGGGAAAGGAAAAGUGCGGCGAGGGCGAGUGUGGAGAUUUUGAGGGAUGUUUUUGUUCGGGAGAAGUGUAUUUUGCUUUAA